AUGACGGGCAUUACUGACCUCCCUAUCGAAAUCUUCACUGACUAUAUCCUAUCGUUCCUCCCUGUGAGCGAUAUCCUGGACUUGGCCCAAACUUGCAGGUUCUUUGCGCUUAUAUGCGCAGAUGACACGUUCUGGAAGAUCCGUGUGAAGGAGGACUUCAACUUUACGGGAGCAGGAACUGCGCGUACGAGUGGAUGGAAGUUCAUUUACAGAGGCUUAUACAACCCGAGAGUCUACGUAUGGGGGGAGAAGUCCUGUGGCAGGUUGGGAUUACCAAAGUUCCCCAAGGUCGUCGUCGGCCAUGUGCCUUUCCCUACCCCGCUGCGUAUCCCUGGAGCGCGUAUCGUUCACCUUGAGGCGGGUGGAAUGUCAUUCCACGCCAUCGACUCAGAGGGUACGCUAUACGUUUGGGGCGCCCUAGAUGGAAGUACAGGCACCCUGCGUAGCGACGGUUUCUCUGAGCCAGGAAAGAGGGCUGAGACGCCUCUGCGCCUCCGUCUUCCUGCCGCAACACGGACGAUAAGUUGCGGGCGCCUUCACUCCUCAACCUUGGAUGCAAAUGGCCACAUUUGGACCUUCCUGAGCUGGGGCCGACCUUUUCGCCUGACGUCUCCAUUGCUCGAUCCCGCGCAUACAGUCGCCGUCCAAGUGGAGUGCGGCUGGCAUUUCUCCUCAAUACUUACCAAGACGGGCGACGUGUUCGUGUGGUUCACCAACGACGGCGACAUGAAGACCCGAAUCACAGACAAGAUGCGCGAGAUGGACAGCGAUGGCGACAAGAAGGCGCACCCUAAGGAAGAUGGCUACAUCCCUUGCGUAACCUGGGACGUCGACCUCGACCCUAUCCGGCUGCCGCCCCUUCCGGCGCUCCCGGACCUCCCUGACACGGGCGACAACCUGGAUGAGGCGACGAAGCUGAUCCAGAUUGCCGGGAUGGACUGCCAUCUCGUCGGGGUAACGAACAAAGGGCACGUUCUCAAGUUCGGUUCAUUGAGUGGUGAGGCGCACGUCGCGCAAGGACGAUGGGAAUACCUACCCAAGUUCAGCGAACUUUCCCAAAUACGCGACCAUCCUACCUUUUCGGGCCCUAGUGCCACCGUGAAGGCACCCGACACGCUGAAAAUCACGCAUGUCUCCGCCCACUUCCUCAACUUCAUCGCCUACUCCACCGGCGGCUCCUCCGUCGUCCUUAUCGGCGACACGGACACGACCGCCGAGCUGGAGCCGCAGAUCAUGCCCGAGCUGCAGCACCGCGCCGUCAUCUCCGUCGUGCUCGGCGACUACCACAAGGGCGCCCUGACCGCCGACGGGAAGCUGCUUACGUGGGGCGCGUACUCGAAAGGCGCAUUGGGCUUGGGCGACCCGGGGAAGCUGCCCGCGGGCGCGCCAGGCGGGUUUGCGGACGAUCGUACUCGCGGAGUGGCUAUUGACCGUGGCCGGGGCGAGCCGCCGGCGGUCGAGGUGCCGACUGAGGUGCGAUUCGACCACGGGCUGAAGAAACCGAGGGACCGCUUUUGCUUCCAGGCGACUGCAGCCGGGUGGCAUACGGGUGCGCUCGUCAUUGAUCUCACGGUAUGUUCGCAAGUCAUUUUUGUGCGAGGCCACUUUUGCUGCGAGACUGUCUUCGCGUAUGAUAUUCUCUUGAUUACCUCUUUCACAGCCAGGUCUAUCCUCUGCCGGGGUUAG